AUGGCACACAACAAGAUCACUGACGGAGCUGAGGGGCCUCGACCCUGGGACGACCACAGGCACCGGCCCGAGCUGAGGCUGCAGGGUUCAGGAGGGGACCGGCCCGAGCUGAGGCUGCAGGGUUCAGGAGGGGACCGGCCCGAGCUGAGGCUGCAGGGUUCAGGAGGGGACCGGCCCGAGCUGAGGCUGCAGGGUUCAGGAGGGGACCGGCCCGAGCUGAGGCUGCAGGGUUCAGGAGGGGACCGGCAUGAGCUGAGGCUGCAAGGUUCAGGAGGGGACCGGCAUGAGCUGAGGCUGCAGGGUUCAGGAGGGGACCGGCCCGAGCUGAGGCUGCAGGGUUCAGGAGGGGACCGGCAUGAGCUGAGGCUGCAGGGUUCAGGAGGGGACCGGCCCGAGCUGAGGCUGCAGGGUUCAGGAGGGGACCGGCAUGAGCUGAGGCUGCAGGGUUCAGGAGGGGACCGGCCUGAGCUGAGGCUGCAGGGUUCAGGACCGGCCUGA